AUGAGUCUCAAUAGCUCCUGGGCCUCCAUGAUACCUUCAGUAGUGAAAGAUCAGAGAUAUCGCACGGAAAAUAUAGGUGGAUUUCAUCGGAUGGAACAUGCUAUGGAUGUAGACGCAAAAUUGACUGCAAAAUCACCGUCGGCACAACCUGCAACAAGUAUCAAGUCUACACCCACAGAAGGUCAUGACGAAUAUUAUUCUCAGACUAGAAAAGAUAAAGGCGACGCCGCCGAUGACAAGGUCAAGCAAGAGUCGAUGUCUCCUUUAUCAAGAGCAACCUCCAACAAGCCUAAAUUGCCAAGGACAUCCAUAUUUACCGGUCUCCAAGGUAUCUUUAAUCCAAAGAAUCCCAAAAAUGUGCCAGUAUCUGGCGACAUUCAUCCGGUUCAUAAUAAUACCUCAUCACUGGCGGAGAAAAAUAUUUCAACUCCUCGAAGACAUCCAGCGCGAACGCCUAAGGAGUUCUACGCUCGCCAAUCCGAAGACGAAGCUAAGAAAAUGGCCACACCGAAAGCAAAUUCCACAAUCGCUGAUCGUGUAACAAAACCUACUAGCCAAAAGUCUUCUAGCCAUAAGUCUAAGAAAAAGAAGUCACAAUCUGACAAAGCCAGUUUGGAGAAGUUGAAGCAGAAAUUCAAUGCUGCUGAUCCAUUCAGCCUCGAUCUUGGAAAAGAAGCUCGUGCUUUCAAAGCACGAACACAACAGCAACAAUUUGACAAUAUCCUUGCGGACUGUCCCGAAAACCACGAUGUACAUAAACGUGGUGUGAGUAAAACUGCAUUGUUAAAGGCCAGUCGGAGUUUCGGUCACGGGAAGAUGAAGCCUAUGGAUGGAAAAUGGCAGCUGCAAGGGAUGAACUGCGCGCUGCAUAAUCAUCAAUUGAUUGGAUCGUCCUGGAUGCUUUCCCGAGAGUGUUCUCUGGAAGGCCCACAAGGGGGAAUAUUAGCGGACAGUAUGGGACUAGGAAAAACUAUUCAAUGCAUAGUUCUUCUUCAAUGGAAGAAAGAGCUGAAGAAACAUGCUGGUGACACGAUCAAGAAGAUAGAUGUCUACAAAGCAAAUGAGGGGCGAGAUGCGAUAAUCUACAAUGGUCUCGACGUGAUACUUACCACCUUCAAAGAAGUUACUAAGAGUAUGCUAUGGCCAGAUAAUGACUCGGAUGGAGAACUUUCGGGUUUGGAUACAUGUAUCAAUGAAAGUACGAAGGGCGCAGGUGCCUUGCACCAACUCCACUUCUAUCGAAUCGUUAUUGAUGAGGGGGUGAGUAAUCUAUCUACCUUUCAGUACAACAGCGAAAUUGCGUACUCAUACAUAGCAGCAUUUGGCCAAAAAUCACAAGACAAAGACAAGUCGCGCCUUGAACGCUUUGAAGGGCACCCACAGAUGGAUCUUAACUGGCAUACCGUUUAUGAACCGUCUGGAAGGAGGACGAUGGAAGAUAGGAUUCUUAAUCGUCCGCUGGUAUGGCUUCCUCCAGCUAAAUCUAAAGCCAUUAGUGUCAGGUUUAAUAUCGCGGAAAAUAUUCUAUACCGAGCUGUAGAAGACAAGUUUCAAGAACUAAGGAAGCAAAAGUUCGCAGAUGACGAUCUGCGAAAACCAAUGUCGUAUCGUUUUCCUCAGAUUUCAUAUCUGAGAGUAAUUUUUGAGGAGCAUGAACUAGCGGAAAUCCAGGAAAAGAUUCAGGGCCUGGAUCCGGUGUUAUAUGAGCGCAUAGGUUCUUGGAUUAGAGGAGAAAGGGCAAAAGUAGUUGCUGAAUAUAAUCUUUCAUCGGAGGAAGCUACAAAGAUGUGUGAUCUGUGUUUGGAGGAUCCAGAAGAUUUGAGAGAGAUUCCUGGAUGCAAUCACUUGUUCUGCGACUUCUGCUUGAAUAAUAACCAAAAUUUUGAGCUUUCGGGAACGUGUAAAUGUCCAGCAUGCGAUGAGCCGUACAACCCCUCAGAAUUGGAAAAACUACAAGAGAAACGAGAAAAGACCCAAAAGCUUCCCAAGAAGAAGUUCAUGAGAGGUAAAGACGCUCGCAAGUACAUUCCAACCACACAGAAUUCUGUCUGGCUAGAUCAGUACGACCGAGGAAAGAUUGAACUCAGGCCAAGUUCUAAGUUGGAAGCUGUCAUGGAGCAAGGCGACAUGUCUCAGAAAACACGAAUCGAAAGCGUCGAGUUAUUUGAGACAAAACCUACUAUAAAGGUUCUUGUCUCUGGCCUUAAGUGUGGCGGUCUAGGCUUAAAUCUUGCAUUUGCUAAUAAGGUCAUCUCGGUUGAUAUGUGGUGGAAUCCCUGGGCUGAAAAGCAAGCGUUCGGUCGCGUCCGCCGGAUAGGCCAAACUAAAGAAACAUUUUUCUCGAGAGCUAUCGUGGCAGACUCUAUUGAAGACCGACUUGCUAGUCUGCAGCUCAAGAAGCUUCGCAUCAAUAGUAUCGCCAUGCAGGAUAAACUGACUAAGGAAGAGGAGGCAUCUUUGCUUAAGCGCGUCCGGUCUGAUACGACGCCUGACUUAGAUGCUGUGGACCAUAAUGGCGGCUUGGUAUAUGCCCUCGUGGGUACAGAUCCUGGUCUGGAUUCGAAUGCCGUCACCCUGAAGGAACCUUUUGAAGAGACAUCUGGCGAAUCUUCUGAAGAGUCCUCUGAAGACGACCUUAUGGAGGAUUAUAUUGAUGAAAUAGGCAUGUUCGUUGAUGCGGAGGCUUAG